AUGAGAAUUCUUCCUUCUUUGUUUUUUAUUACUAUAAUAUUCUUCUUCUCCAAAUUUUCCUAUGGGGCAGAUACUAUUACUCCAUCAGUCUCACUUUCCGAUGGAAGCACCUUGAUUUCCAAAGAUGAAACCUUCGAGUUGGGUUUCUUCAAUCCCGGUAAUUCCUCAAACCGCUACGUUGGAAUUUGGUUCAAAAACAUCCCGGUUAAAACCGUUGUUUGGGUUGCAAACCGUGAUAAUCCUAUCAAAGACAACUCAAGCACGUUGAUCAUAAACAAACAAGGUAAUCUGGUUCUUCUCAACCGCAACCAAUCUCUUCUAUGGUCAACAAACACAACAAAGAAGUCUUCAACUCCAAUUGUCCAGCUUCUCAACAAUGGAAAUUUAGUGAUUAGAGACGAGAAAGUCAGUGAAAGUGAUGAAGACAGUUUUUUAUGGCAGAGCUUCGACUAUCCUAGUGAUACGUUAUUACCAGAAAUGAAGAUUGGGUGGGAGAAGAAAAGUGGUAUUCAUAGAAUAUUUACUGCGUGGAAAAACUGGGAGGAUCCAUCUUUAGGUGAUUUUACAUCAUUCAUGAGCGUUAGUAAUAAUCCUGAAGUGGUUCUUUUCAAAGGCUCAUCUGAGUUCUUCAGAACAGGACCUAUGACUGGUACUACGGAUAGUGGAGCUUAUGGGCUGAAGGCUAACCCGAUAUUUAUUUCAGACGUUGUAAGCAGUGAAGAUGAAGCGUAUUUUUCGUACACACUAAAGGACAAAUCUGUGAUUUCCAUAGUUGUUUUAAACCAAACUCUUAUGCUUCUUCAACGCCUUGUAUGGAUUCCUGAAUCUAGAAAAUGGAGUACUUACAUGAACCUACCACAUGAUACUUGUGAUGGUUAUAACGUGUGUGGAGCAUAUGGAAAUUGUGACAUUAACGGAUCGCCACUUUGUCAGUGUUUGGAUGGGUUUAAGCCAAAAUCAGCGCAACAGUGGAGCACAAUGGACUGGGCAGAUGGAUGUGUGCACACUGGAAAUUGGAGCUGUGGAGUUAAGGGUAGAGACGGUUUUCUUAAAGUUACUGGAGGGAAGUUGCCAGAUACUACAAAUACAUGGGUUAAUGCAAAUAUGACAAUUGAUGAUUGUAAGAUCAGAUGUUUGCAAAAUUGUUCCUGCACAGCUUACUCAAGCUUAGGCCCAGACGACGAUUCCGGCGGUUGUUGCCUAUGGUUUAAUGAUCUUAAAGAUUUGAGAGGUUCAGAUUCUCAGAGAAACUUCUAUGUGCGAAUUGAUGCAUCAGAUAUAGGUGAUAAACAUGAGCAUACAAAAAUGAUUAUCUUGGUAGUUUCGAUCGUUGUUUUUGCUAUCAUUGUGAUAAUAUUGGCACUAUACAUUUAUCGAGAAAAGAUGAAGUACAAAGAAGGCAAUAAUGAAGGCGAGCAUGACGAUUUAGACCUCCCCUUCUUUGAUCUUGCUACUAUACUUGAAGCCACAGAUUACUUCUCAAAUGCAAACAAACUGGGUGAAGGUGGUUAUGGACCUGUAUACAAGGGUAAGUUGCAAGAUGGUCAAGAUAUUGCAGUAAAAAAACUUUCAAAAAGAUCUACACAAGGAAUGAAAGAAUUUAAGAAUGAAGUUAUUUUAUGUUCUAAACUUCAACACCGAAACCUUGUUAAAAUAAUUGGUUGUUGCGUUGAAAAAGAUGAAAAAAUGUUGGUCUAUGAAUAUAUGUCCAACACAAGCCUUGACUCAUUUAUUUUUGAUCCAAUUCAAAGCAAAUUAUUAGACUGGCCUAUGCGUUUCAACAUCUUAUAUGGAAUUGCCCGAGGUCUUCUUUACUUGCAUCAAGAUUCCAGGUUAAGAAUUGUGCACAGAGAUUUGAAAGCGAGCAAUAUUUUAUUAGACAAUGAUAUGCAACCAAAAAUUUCGGAUUUUGGUCUUGCUAAAAUGUGUGGAGGUGACAACAUGGAAGGUGAAACAAGUCUAAUAGUUGGCACAUAUGGUUAUAUGGCACCUGAAUAUGCCAUUGACGGAUUAUUCUCAGUUAAAUCAGAUGUAUUUAGCUUUGGUGUCUUAUUACUUGAACUUAUAAGUGGAAAGAAAAACAGAACUCUUACCUAUAAUCAAGACGAUCACAAUCUUAUUGGACAUGCAUGGAAGUUAUGGAAAGAGGAUAACAUACAGUCACUGAUUGAUGAUAAUUUGAAAGAUACGUGUAUUCUUUAUGAAGCUUUGCGAUGUAUUCAAAUAGGGCUUUUGUGUCUGCAGCAUCAUCCUGAUAAUAGGCCAAAUAUGACAUCUAUUGUUGUGAUGUUGAAUAGUAAUAAUAAUAGUUUACCUCUACCACAUGAACCAGGUUAUUUAUUACAAAACAUAACAAGCGAAGGAGAACCUUUUACCGAAAGACAAAGACCUUCUUCAAUAAAUAAUGUAACUAUCUCACUAUUAAAUCCAAGAUAG